CAUUCAGAUUGUCAUGUCUACUUUCAAGAAGAUUGAGUCUUUUUUCAACAAGUCGCCUUCACUGCAAUUGGAGUUGGAGAAUGCCAUCUCCAUUUUCUACCAGGGCAAUGAAGAGAAGGCCAGUGAUCUGAAAGAGGCCUGCCGUACCAACUGGACAAUGAGGCAUGAUGCAUUCGAGGUGGCAGUCGACGUCGUGGAAUCUCUACUGCUCUGCGUAGAUAGUGUUCAUGACAAUGAAGAUCUGAGGUGGAGUGACCAAGUCACACAUAAUGCCUUGGAGAUAUCAGAGGCUCUGGCUGAUUUUUGAGUUUGUUGCAGCAUUGGUUGUGCUGAAAAACACCCUGUCAUUCACAAGAGCCUUCGGCAAGAACUUGCAAGGGCCAAAGAUGGAUGUCCACUUUGCUGCAAGCAGCUUGACCGCUGUGUUACACUCGCUGAACGAGGUCUUGGAUAACAUUGAGGUGUACCAUGAGUUCUGGUUCGAAGAGGCUGUUAACCUAGCUGCUGCGCUAGAGAUUCCGGUCAAGGUUCCCAGGCUGUACUUGAGAAAGCACCGGCCAGAAGCUGGAACAGAGAUCCAGCCCGAGGGCUACUUCAAAGAGCACCUGGCCCCAGUGGUGAGCCAGGUCAUCAAAGAACUGAACAACCUCUUCUCUGAGAACCACCUUAACGCCCUGAGAUAUUUGGUGCUCGUCCCUGCUGUCAUGGGGCAGCUGAAAUUCAACAUGUCUGAAGAGAACAACGUGGAGAUGUACAGGAACGACCUUCCCAACGCAGACACUCUCUCCGCUGAGCUUCACUGCUGGAGGGUGAAGUGGAAGCAUAGGGGCAAGGUGACCCUGCCCUCCACCGUCCAUGAGACGCUGCAGCUUGCUAAAGUGAAGUUCUUCCCCAACGUGCUUGCAUUCUUGAGGGUGCUCAGCAACCUGCCAGUCUUGGGCCUUGAGGAUGUCGACGGCAAUGUUUCUCGUAAACGUUUUCAGAUGUACCUGCAGAACACACCUGACAAACACAGAUCCAUUUCUAAACAUACAUUAUAAUGCCAGACAUGACCUGGACUUUAUGGUUGAUAGUUAUGUUAAGAUGUACCCUCACAAUGAAAGUUAAAUCCAAUUUAAUUUCAUGACCUUAAUGAGCAAGUAUGCCUGCCUGUUGACUUGUUCUUGUAUAAAUGGUAGUCUGUCUUCAGAAUUUGUGACGAGCUGACCUCUUACUUAUUGGAUGUUUGAUAUGUUGACUUGAAACCACUUAUUUUGGCUGUAUAAAGUUGAUCAAUGACCAUUGCAAGUUUUUGGGGAAAUCACAAAAAACUUGAGUUGAAACUAUGUAUAGGUCAUUUUUAUGUUUAUGCAACUGGUUAUGUAAAUUACAGAACUGAAAAUGUAUUCUUAUUACAUAAGUCUUCUGGAAGUACUUUCUUCUAAGACCAAUGUGAUUGAAAUACUGUUACAUUUUAGUCAUUUAGCAGAUGCUCUUAUCCAAUGCAAUUUACAGGAGCAAUUAGGGUUAAGUGCCUUGCUCAAGGGCACAUCUUCAGAUUUUUUUUUACCUAGUCGGCUUGGCGAUUCGAAACCAGUGACCUUUCGGUUAUUGGCCGAACGCCCUUAACUGUUAGGCUACCUGCUUUGAUCUAAGACUGUGUUAUUUUUGUAAGAAUGAUUACAAAUUAAGAUCAACGUUUUUGAUUAAGUCUAAUAAGAAUUGCAAUUAUUGUCAUACAUUUCUUUACACCAUUUUAUUGUGUGCUGCAUUUCUGAAAUAAAUUGUCAAAUGUU